CCCGGAUGUCCCAAGAACCGGUAAAUUAUGGACCUUCACAUCUAGAUUGUGAAUCCAGACCAGAUCCGAUACUACAAUAAUUGAAAUUAAAAAGUUAUGUAUUUAGGAUCAUACAAAUCUGUGUUUUUUGUGGAAUUGUGGUCAGAGACAUCAAAAACAUACAUUUUGAUCCAUUUUGAGGAUUGUCAGGUUAAAAUUCACUAAAUUAUAACGAAAAAUUAGUGUUUCUAAAUAUACGUCGGAACUUGCAGAAAACACUACAUUCGCCCCUCGUGAUUGGAUGAAAACACAAGGGCGGAAACUCAAUUUGGUUUGUUUUGAUUGAUGUUGUUGAUUAGCCCUUUUGUUUUUUGCUUGUAAAACUACGUAUUUUCGGAAUUUUGUGAUGAUGGAGGGUGUUUUAGAAUCAGUUUUGUUCGCUUUAUAUGAUUCUGACAAAAACUCAGUUUGUUUACAUCUGAGGGUUUCGCCCUAUUGAAAAGUUGUUACAGAAUGGUUCGCGAAAGUCGACUUUAGGUCACUCUGACCAACUUGCCCGGAUCGUGUAGUGUUUUGUUUAUAAAUUUAACGACCAGCGAUUCAAGGAAGCGAUUCAUCAACCAAAGUUUAAUUUAAUUUAAUAACGUAAUGCUAACGGAUAACGACAUGAAUACCGCGGUCAACGACGAUUCCACAGAAAUCUGCGUAAAUGAGGAGUUAGAGGAUGAUACCAGCAAUGGUGAGUAUCAGACCAAACCAAAAAAAAUCAGAACACAAAAGUACACUCAGGUGCAACUCCAGCUGGCCUACGAGGCGGUGCUGAACGGCACGUCCGAUUAUAGUGCUAGCAGAAUGUUCGGAGUGCCCCGAGGCACGCUGCAGUACCGCGUUAAGAACAAACUAUCUGACCUGGUGGUGAAAUCCGGCCCGAAAUGUUACCUCAACAAGUCGCAAGAAUUGGCCCUGGCUGAUUCGCUGCACGCCCUGGCCAAUGCUGGCUUCACGAUUACAUCUAGAGUACUCAAGAUCUUUGCUGUGGAGUACGUCAAGGCGAACUUGCACCAGUUCCCCGAGGGAAGUCCAUUUCCGGCAGGAAUGCCUAGCGAUACUUGGAAGUCUUACUUUCUGAAAAGACACCCCGAUUUGGCGGAACGCAUGUCGGAGAACUGGGCACAUUACGGAUCAAUUUCGGUUGCGCCGGAACGUGUGCCCGUUUGGUUUGGAUGCGUUUCGAGAUAUCUGACGGAGAUGAGCUUGCAGACUGUUGUUCAAAACCGCCGGCAGGUGUUCACGAUGGAUGAAAUCAAACUCAAAAGAGCGGUGAACAUCGUCACGUGCCUCUUCGGGGCAAACGCACACGGGAAUCUACUUCCCCCGUUGAUUCUCUACCCACCUACAUUCAAACUGCCAACGCAGAAAAAGCAAUCCGAGUUGAAAUACGCCGUCGCCCAUCAGGACACCGAACUGACCGCGGGAAACGUCCUGUACCAGUGGCUUUCGAGAGUUUUCCAACCCUGGCUGAUCGAAGAAAACGUUCCUCGGCCUGUGAUACUCUUCCUCGACGGCCAUCGCCACCAAAUGGGCUAUUUGAGCAGUCAGUUUUGCCACCAGCACCAAAUCGUCCCCGUGUCCCUCCUCCCAAGUUUCGACCACACGCUACGCCCCCUCAACGUCGAACUGUACAAAGCGAUAGAGAAGCAGUGGCGCAAUCAGUUGCAACGCUCCGCGAAAGCCAAAUUCACAUCCGUGGAAGCAUUGCUCGAACCGGUUCUGGACCGACUCGCCGGCACCGCCCAAAGCACCAUUCGGGACGGAUUCCACCAAAGCAAACUGUACCCCUGGAAUCCGGAAGCCCACACGGCGGAUGGCUCGCAACACCGACAAACCUUCGUCGCCCGCCGUCACACGGUGGACGAACCGCAACCAGAAAACCCGGUCGUCGUCCGGAAAGUUCGGAAAAACGCGGCGGCGGCGGCUCCGGCGAUGGAAAAGCCCGUUGAUCCGACGUUGCCGCUGCUUCAGCGGUUGCUCGAGUCACGGCUGUCGGAGCAACAGCUGGCCGAGUUUCAAGCCAGGCGGCACGAUGAGGUGUGGGCGGGGCCGAUCGAGCAGACCUGUCUGUUCCAGGUGUGGCGCGAUUUGGUGGAUCAAAUUGACGGCGUCAAGACGGAGUCGGAGGAAUGUUCGGAUGCGGCACAGGAUGGAUCUUACUUUGAGCCGAAAUUGAUUGCUGUUAAGGAGGAAGAUAUCGGUGAAUUUUCACUGGACAUUGUAAAAGAAGAACCACGUGUCGACUUUGAGGAUCUGUAAACCGAGUCGUCACUAUAAUUUGUUUUCUGUUGUUUAAAACGUCUUAAGUAUUAGAGAUUCCACCCUAGGGUAAACACCUGACCUUUGAAUAAAUAUUUAUUAGAACAAG